AUGCUGAUUACCAAAUGCCUUCGUUGCAUUAUUUUCUUCUCUUCUUUUCUUCUCUCCCUAGUCCUCUUCCAAAUACUCCUGCUAGUAGGUCUCCUAAGCGCAAAGAGGUUUCCAUAUUUCCCUGAAUAUUGCCUUCAUGACAAAGACUACGAGGAACUGCUGAAGAUCGUCAAAGAUGGGCUAGAACCUGCAACUCAUCCGGCAAAGGUGGUCAUCGUCGGUGCAGGAAUAAGCGGGCUUACAGCAGCGAAGUUGCUCCGCGAUGCCGGCCACAGGGUUACCAUUCUGGAAACGAGCAAUCGGGUUGGUGGGCGGAUCAUGACGUACCGACCGGAGGGCCAGGACUGGUACGUGGAGUUGGGAGCCAUGCGCCUGCCAGGCAAGCACAGGCUCGUCCGUGAAUUCAUUAGACAGUUUAACCUGAAGCUAAACCCAUUCAUCCAGACAGAUGACAAGGCCUGGUACUUUGUGAAUGGCACUCGGAUAAGAGCGGAGGAAGUGGAUAGAAACCCCAACAUCCUAAACUACACGGUGAAACCAUCAGAGAGAGGCAAGAGUGCCAGCCAGCUUUAUAGAGAAGCACUAGAAAAGGCUUUUACGAAGUUCCAGGCUACGGACUGCAAGAAAUAUCUAGCUAAACAUGACUCCUUCUCCACCAAGGAGUAUUUGAUUAAAGUAGGAAAUCUAAGCCGAGGAGCAGUGCAGAUGAUCGGUGACUUGUUGAAUGAGGACUCUGGAUUUUAUCUGUCCUUCCUUGCCUCGCUGUGGGAUUUUGAUAUCUUCUCUAACGAGAGUUUUGACGAAAUCACAGGGGGGUUUGACCGACUGCCCAAAGCCUUCCACAAAGCGUUGCCCAGUGUCAUCCGGUUCAAUUGCACGGUGGAGAAAAUCAUGACUAAGGGAAACAAAGUCCGUGUGUUUUACCGCGCUCCGGACACUCUGGCCCCAACCAUAGUAACCGCAGAUUACGUCCUUGUCACAUCCACCGCCAAAGCCACCAGGCACAUCCAAUUCCUGCCACCGCUCUCUCCUCCAAAGACCCACGCCCUGCGCUCCAUCCACUAUGCAAGCGCCUCCAAAAUAGCCUUGGCUUGCUCCGAGAAGUUCUGGGAGAAGGAUGGCAUCCGAGGAGGACAGUCCAUCACUGACCGCCCUUCCCGGUUUAUCUACUACCCCAGCCACAACUUCUCCAGCGGAGUGGGCGUGAUCCUGGCUUCCUACACCUGGAAUGACGAUGCUGAGUUUUUCCUGCCUCUCACGGAUGAGAAGUGCCUGGAUGUGGUCCUCCAAGACCUGUCAGAUAUCCACCAAGUGAGCAAGGAGUACCUGCAAUACACCUGCGACCAGUACGUGAUCCAGAAGUGGCAGCUGGACAAACACGCCCUGGGGGCGUUUGCUGCCUUCACCCCUUACCAGUUCGUCGACUACUCGCAGGCUCUCUUCGAGCACGAGGGCAGGGUACAUUUUGCAGGAGAACACGCGGCUCAGCCUCACGCCUGGAUCGACACCUCCAUGAAAUCGGCCGUCAGGGCUGCGAGCAACAUCCACCACGACAGCGGCGAAGCCCGGACGCUGAACAAGGAGGAGGAGCGGGAGCAGACGGGGAGUUUCUUGCAGAAGGAAGAUCUCUGA